CCUGUUCACUGUCAGACACCGGCGCCUAAACAUUCCACUGUACGCACCCCGGGUCACCAGGUGGAACCACCUUAACAACCGGCUCCUACGCAACUCCCCGUCACGUGACAGCGUGCCGCCAUUUUGUCUCAGGACUGAAGUGUGAAGCAAAAAAAUUAAAUAAAUAAUAAUAUUAGAGAAGAGGGGGGGGAGUGAGAAACCGGAAAAGAAGCCGAGGAAGAGAGAGUGGAGAAAACCUAGGACGUGUGAAAGAGAGAGCCUGAAAGAGUGCACCAUUUCUCCCCGGCCGGGUCACCUCAAAGGGACCAGCCUCCGCUUCGUAACACGGUGACCCGGAACCGGGCGAGGGGGAAGCAGGUUGGAGCUCAGUGCGGCUGAGCCGGUGUGCAGGGCUUCUUUUCCAGGUGUGUGUAGGCCCGGAGGCGUGAGAAUCAGUCAGCUCGGAGGAUGUCGGGGCAGUCAAUCACAGACCGUAUCACGGCGGCUCAGCACAGUGUCACCGGCUCGGCCGUGGCCAAAGCCGUCUGCAAGGCGACCACUCAUGAAGUGAUGGGGCCCAAGAAGAAGCACUUGGACUAUCUUAUACAGUGUACGAAUGAAAUGAACGUAAACAUACCACAGCUGGCUGACACCCUCUUCGAAAGGACCGCUAAUGGGAGUUGGGUUGUUGUGUUCAAAGCCCUAAUCACAACACACCACCUCAUGAUGUACGGCAAUGAGAGAUUUAUUCAGUAUCUUGCAUCCAGAAACACAUUAUUUAAUCUCAACAACUUCUUAGAUAAAGGUGCUUUGCAAGGCUAUGACAUGUCGACAUUUAUCAGGAGAUACAGUCGAUAUUUAAACGAAAAAGCACUUUCCUACAGACUUGUAGCAGUUGACUUCACCAAAAUGAAACGAGGGAUAGAUGGUGUGAUGAGAACUAUGGUUACGGAAAAACUCUUGAAGACUCUCCCUAUCAUUCAAAACCAACUGGAUGCUCUUCUAGAUUUUGAUGCAAACCCAAACGAGCUUACAAAUGGUGUUAUAAACACAGGCUUUAUGCUUCUUUUCAAAGAUUCCAUCCGGUUAUUUGCUGCUUACAAUGAAGGUGUGAUUAACUUGCUAGAAAAGUAUUUUGAUAUGAAAAAGAACCAGUGCAAAGAUGCCUUGGAUAUAUAUAAAAAAUUUCUUGCUCGGAUGACCAAACUUUCUGAAUUCCUCAAAGUGGCAGAGCAAGUUGGAAUUGAUCAGGGUGAUAUUCCAGAUCUUACUCAGGCACCCAGCAGUUUGCUGGACGCACUUGAACAACACUUGGCAUCUCUUGAAGGCAAGAAAACAAAAGAAUUCUCGGCAGCUAGCCGAGCAAGCACUUUAUCCAGUGCUGUUUCGUCUCUCGCUACCACUGGGUUGUCCUUUAGUAAAAUGGAUGAAAAGGAGAGACAACAGGCCCUUGAAGAGGAGCAGGCAAGACUACAAGCACUUAAGGAGCAACGACUUAGAGAGAUUUCUGUGGUGCCAAAUUCAACAUCUACAUCAGCUUCACCAAGUACUUUAUCUGGGAAAAGUGUGAAUACCUCUGCAGCAGUAGACUUAUUUACAGCACCUGCACCCACAACCAACAGCAUGCCCAACCUUAGCAGUGAUCUGUUUGACCUCCAGCCUGCAUUUGUGCCAACUGUACAAAGCACCCCUGCAAUUGCCACUUCUGCUCACAGUACAUGGGGAGGUCCCUUCUCUUCAUCUAAUGGUGUGGGAUCACCACCUCAUUUGGACAUCUUCGAUAUGCAGCCUGUUGAAGAUGUAGUGAAGUCGAAUGCUCCAUUCAGCUCUUCUGCGUUUACAUCAAAUCAGUCUGUGGGACUAAUUAGUGGUUUCCCUCUGCAUUCCGCUGUGCAGAACAACAGUACCGCCAUGCAUGUUGACUUUGAUGCUGUGUUUGGAGCCAAAACUUCGGCACAUGAAAAUCAAGGCGCAAAAGGGGCCCAGUUUUCAGAGGAUGUAUUGCAUCCAGUUGUCUCCCAACAAAGCCAGAAGCCUGUAGCGGGAAGCCAGUCGAGUGGAAAGUUUUUGCCAAAUGAUCUUGAUUCUUCACUCGCUAACCUAGUGGGAAACCUUGGAUUUGGGGGAACACCAUCAAAAAAGGCCGAUAUGCAGUGGAAUCAACCCACAGAGAAAAGAUUAACUGGUGGCACAAACUGGCAAGCAAAAACAAGCACUUCGACCACAUGGACUCCUGCACCCGUAGGUCCCGUUCCUCAUAUGAAUGGAGUACACUAUCCAGGAUACGUACCUCCUCCGGUGAACUAUCCUGUGUCUACGCCGCAAGUGCCAGUGUAUGGAAUGGUUCCUGCACAGAUCGGAGCUAAUCCUUUAAUGGUUUCUCAGCCAAUGAUUUAUACGCAGCCAGGAUUACGGCCAACAAAUCCAUUUGCACCUGUAUCUGGUGCUCAGAUGCAGUUUAUGUAAAACCACCACAGCGAAAAGGAUGCGCUAGCAACCAAAAACUGGUGAACAGAAAAGUGAAUUUCCAGUCCUUUGCCAAUAUGGUCUUUUCUAAGGCAUCCAUGUAAUUCUCAUGUAAUAUAAAGUACCCAUACUUUGAAAUAUAGCGCUUUAGAGAUUAUUUAUAAUCGUCCCUAUACAGUGAAAUCUUAUGUGACCUGCUCUGACCACACAGUGAUGCUCAGAGAGAAUUUUGUUUUCUAUCAAACAAGUAAAAUUGGACAUUAAACCAUUUAAUGUGAAUGUUUAGGUGCCUUUGUCCAAGAACACACUUUGCAAGGGUUUUCUAGUCUCUUCUAUGUUCGGUUUGGGUUUUCUCCACAUCUGUUCAUUGUUCUUCAUACUUUUUUUCUGACAGCCAAUAUAAAUGUUUGGUUGUUUAAUUGAAAUUGAGCUGGUGAUCGAUCAGGGUGUGAUAUGACAAUGUUUGGGUAAUAAUGGAACAGGUAAUUGUAACUGGUGCCCUGCACUUUGGGGGGGGGGACCCUCAACUGCAAGAUGAUGCUUUUGCUGCGCGUUUCAUUUUAUGCUAUAAUGAAACAAUGAACCAAACACACGAACCAAUGCACAACACAGUAAAAUUUAAAUAUUUCAAAGAGAUUUCUUUAACGGCCCUUGAGGUUAGCCUUUUUGAUAUCCUCACUGGACACCCAAAAAAGGUUUGCAACAUUCUUUAACUAUAUAUGACAGAAUUACAAAUAGGAGGAUAAAAUGAUGGGGGGAAAUAUGUAAAAUGAAUGCGUUUACAUUUUUAUGCUUCCAUGAUGCGGAAAGAAAACUUUCGUCGAGGGUUAAGCAGGAGGAACACAGUACCUAAUCUUUGCCACUUUAAAUAACAUUAAAAUCAUUUUUUGCUAUGUAAAUAUCAUAUAUAUCCAUGCAUUUAAAAAUUUUCUGUGGUGAUGUCCUUUUGAAAAGAAAGAUGAGAAUAGACAUGGAAAACAAGAUUUGUUUAAAAAAAAUCAAUGCAAUUUUUUUCUCUAGAUUCUUUAGUACGUUUUUGAUAUUUAUUUAAUUAAUCGCAAGCUGGAAUAUUUGCCAUUUAAUGUCACCUAUUCGGCAAGUUGAACAUCAAAGCUAAGAAGAACUGUGCCAGUUUCCCCAGACCGAGGGAUUCAUAACAAGUUUUUUUGAUCUAUCGUAAUCUCUCAAGGAAUGAACCUUCAUUAUGUUACAAUAAAAUAUGUGAAAUUUG